AUUUAACGAUACGCACCUUGCAUCAUCUUAUCAUUAAAGUUAUUUGUCACGCUUGCAAAAAACACUGACUGGAAGGAUAUAUGACUGAGACACGGGGAGACAGAAAAAAACAGACGGUGGGCGUCGCAUUAUAAAAAAGUUACGCGCAUUGUGGUCUUGAUUCACAAUCAUAGCUCUCUGAGGUUGAGAGCGCGCACGUCUGCGUGUGAGCGCGAAGUUAGUUCCUGCCGAAGCGAGUCGAGUGCACAAACACGCAUAAACGUCAGACACUUUGACUGAAUCUAAACGAUGCGAAGAGCUCACUGACGUUUACAUGAAGAGGUAGUGGGGUGGUCACACCUGUCCGCCAGGAUGAGAAUAAAAAAAAUUAGGUGCUGCCUGUUGUGCAUUCUAGGGCUUUGUUUCAUAUCCUUCCAAUAUUACUACAAAGCUUUGCACAAUAUUCCAUUGCUGCAAGAGUUUUCUUCUCCAUCCUUACACCUAAAUAGCCUAAAGAUGGUCGGCAGUUUCUUCUGGAACGUGCCGGAUAUUAACUUCUACAAGCACCACUUAAAGGCCUUUGUUGAAUCAAGCGUUAUCCAAUCAGAUUCCACUGUUUCAACGGAAAAACUUCACAACCAAAGAUUUGUUCUCCAAGACGAUCACACACCCUUUUUCGUCCGCACAAAAUCUGGAGCAACGUGUUUCCGCGAGGGGACCAAAAUGGGUGAAUCUGCAUCGCAGCGCAUCUUACUUCAUUAUCACGGAGAGGACAACGCCACAGUCAAGAGGAGGGCGAACGCGGAUCAAUGUACUUGUCUUCAAGGCUGGCACGGCCCUCACUGCGGCAUACCUACAAUCGUCCAACAUUCAAACCUCCCAACCAAGACGAGAUUAACACCCAGAGCAACUCCACGUCGAGUCAUCAAUGCCAUCAACAUUAACCACGAGUUUGACCUGCUACACGCUCGAUUCCACGAACUUGCAGACGUCGUGGACGUGUUUUUAGUUUGCGAAUCCAAUUUUACCGCUUAUGGUGACCAGAGGCCUCUUUACUUCCAGCAGCAGCUCCAAAACGGAACCUUCGAUUAUAUUAAGCACAAAAUCCUUUACAUUUUCCUGGACCAUUUUCCAAACGGCGGCCGCCUUGACGGCUGGAUCGCAGAUGAUUACCUGCGCACAUAUUUGACCAAAAACGGAAUGUUGCGUAUUCAAGGCGCAAAAGCGGACGAUAUUUUUGUCAUAGAUGACGCGGAUGAAAUUCCUGCACGAGAGGGAAUCCUGUUCCUAAAACUGUAUGACGGCUGGACCGAGCCGGUCGGGAUCCACAUGCGGAAAUCGCUCUAUGGAUUUUACUGGAAACAGUUUGGUACGCUGAACAUCUUGUCAUGCUGCACGGUAGCCAUGCUAUCUAAGGUUUACAAGAACGAUGGGAUUCUUCUUCGACGCCGGACGUAUUAUACGAUGCCAGGAUUUCGGGAAUAUGAGAAUUCCACUGGAAAGAUUCUUGUGCCGUGGGCCAUCGGGAGCCCAGUUCAUUACGCUGGAUGGCACUGUUCAUGGUGCUUCAAACCAGAAGGCAUUUAUUACAAACUUAUAUCGGCCCAGAACGGAGACUUUCCACGCUGGGGCGAUUACGGCGAGAAACUCAAGUUACAUUUUAUUAAAAAGCUGAUACAGACAGGCGGCUGGUUUGAUGGGUCAUUACCAGACUAUCCACCUACAGAUCCCAAGGAGCAUAUGUAUGCCCCAAAACACUUGAUGGACAACUAUGAAAAAUAUCGUCAUUUGUUGGAGAACCCAUUUGCAAAUCUGGAUAACUGACCACUUCACUAACUGUUUUUACCCUAAAGGUUAUUCACUGUGGUACUAUCAAAACAUUGCUCUACAGACAACAAUGCUAUAACCAAUGGGGGUCGGACGCAGUUUUAUUCUUUUUUUAGAACUUGUAACAGAUUGCACAUACCGGAAAUUUAUGACCUGAUGAUAUGAGGUGAAAAUAUUUUUUCAUGAUAAACUAUGUGAACUCUAGGGAAAAAGUAUGUCAAUACUUUAAAGAUAUAGGGCAUCCAAACAUGAGAAUUUCGGUCAUCAUUUACUCUUGUCGUUUCAAACCUGUAUGACUGUCUUCCGUAAAACAUAAAAGAUAUUAUCAAGAAAGUUGAUAACUGAACGGAAAACCCAUUUAUUUCUAUUUUAUGGACACAACACCAAUGCAAGUGAAUGAGUGUUUUUAACAACAUUCUUAAAAAUAUCUGCUUCUGUGUUCUGCGGAAGAAGGAAAGUCAUAGAUGAUUGAUAUGACAAGGGGGUGAAUUAAUGAUUUUUCAUCACUUUAAUGCCUUGGUGAUGUUUGGUGUGGCUUUUAUAUUUCUAGCAGAGGCAAACAGAGCUCAUUAGGGUUUCAUCAAACAGUGCCUAUACACAAUAUGUGCAUUAUCUCUAUGGGUAAACAUUUGCUGAGGAAUUGUUAAAGGAAACUAAACAUUCUAGGUAUUAUUGUGCAUACGUUGCUACUUGAGUCAAAGACGCUGAGAUUUUCACUCGAGAGACUGUGAGACUGUGAACAAGACAAGAGUGUUCUUACGGGUUGUAUCAUUUAUCUGUUUUUAUGGUUUAAUGGAUAACAAACACGAAACGGCAGCAGUACAAGUAUGUUGACAUUCCACUGAUUUUCCUGAUUAUAUAUAUAUAUAUAUCCCGCUUCUUAUGGUCUCAAAGUUCAUUCACUGCAGGACAAUCAUAACUGAUGAUUAAAAGUAAGUGCAAGUAUCUGUGGCUGAUGGGACGCAAAACAUUUUUAAGUGAACUAAAAAAGUCUGGAUUAGUUUUAGGUUUGAAAAUUGAUUUUAAACAUGUAUAUUGGUUACAUUUAAUAUUUUUUAUCCAAAGAAUCUUAAAAUUGAGAGAGCGUUUAAUACUGUCAAAGUACUGAACAAUAAGUGUAGUCAACAAUUUAAAGUUACAAAGUAUUAGUCAAAUACACUGGCUUCUCAUUGGAAACAAAAUUGCAUAUACAUUCACAACCUACUUAACAAACAUAAAGGGUGGGUCUUUUGUAUUCAUUGUCAACUGACUGAGUUGUGAAAUGUGUAACGUGGAAUGUGAUGCCAGUUGAAAAGAUAAAGUUAUUUUUUUGAGAUAAAAGAUUUCGACAGCAAAACUUUUUUGAAAGAAUGCUAUUGAGUUGUGCACAAAAGACCAGGAAGGUGCAUGAAAGAGGUAUGGGUUAGAUUUUAUUUUUAAAUUACCAUGCCAACUCCUUUCAUUUGUGAUGAAUGAUGGAUACACACUCUCAACAGUGAGCAGAAUAUUCACUCAAACCUUUAUUGUGAUCUGCUCUUCUGUUCUGCUCCACUAUAAAACCCCCAUGUGCCUUAGUAGAAUAUACUUUGUAUAAUAAUGUUCCUGUUUUCGAUUAAUAAACAAACAAAUCAAUUAAAAUAAUGUCAAAAAUUAUGGGAAUAAAAUCGACUAAUUUUGGUUGUUUAGA